UGUUUUUUAUUUUAUUUUUUUUUAGUAAGAGGUGGGGGGACCAAACUGGCGAGAGGCGAGCAUGGAGUAUUUCAUGGUACCAGCUCAGAAGGUGCCCUCCUUGCAACAUUUCAGGAAAACGGACAAAGAAGUGAUUGGUGGUCUUUGUAGCCUGGCCAACAUUCCUCUGACCCCAGAAACAGCCCGCGACCAAGAGAGGCGCAUACGCAGAGAGAUCGCCAACAGCAACGAGCGUCGGCGUAUGCAGAGCAUCAAUGCUGGCUUCCAGUCACUUAAAACACUCAUCCCACACAGCGAUGGAGAAAAGCUCAGCAAGGCUGCCAUCCUGCAGCAGACGGCAGAGUACAUUUUUACUUUGGAGCAGGAAAAAACGCGGCUACUGCAGCAGAACAGUCAGCUCAAACGAAUCAUACAGGAGUUGAGUGGUUCCUCCCCAAAGAGGAGGCGUGCAGAGGAGAAAGACGAAGGCAUCGGCUCACCAGACAUUCUGGAAGAGGAGAAGACCGAGGACUUGCGGAGGGAGAUGAUCGAGUUGAGGCAGCAGCUGGAAAAGGAACGCUCAGUGAGGAUGAUACUGGAGGACCAGAUGCGUUCCCUGGAUUCUCAGUUGUACCCAGAGAAACUAAAGGCCAUUGCCCAGCAGUUCCAGGAGCAGCAGGCCCAAACACAAAGCCUUGUUCGUUUGCAGCAGCAGAAACAGCUGGAGAGGGACUUCACUCCAGCCCACAGCCCUCAGGUGUUGGCUCCUGCUACUCCACCUGCACCUACACAUCAUGCUACAGUCAUCGUUCCUGCACCUGCUCAGACUGCUCAGCCACAUCACGUCACUGUGGUAGCCAUGGGCCCGACAUCGGUUAUCAACUCUGUGUCCACAUCUCGACAGAAUCUGGACACCAUCGUUCAAGCAAUCCAGCACAUCGAGGGCACCCAGGGGAAGGGCUUCGAGGAGGAGCAGCGGAGAGCGGUCAUCGUCACCUCGGGACGCGGCCUCUCUGACGCGGCGGGCUCAGACACAGCCUCAAACAGCGACGGGCCCGAUGACUGUUCGCUGCCUUGAGUUCAUCCCUUAACAUCCCGCGUAUCUCACACUUGCACACACACACACAUACACACAACAGGCCCAAGCAGACCAGCGCUACAAGAGGCUACAAAGUCACAGCACUUUUGUUCUGUGGACAGGGCUGGUAGUCUGAUUUGAAGCUCUCUUUUUAACUUUUUUUUUCUUUUCCUCCCUUCAUUCUCUUCUACUUGCAAAACGCACCAAGAUUAACAGUGAUAGGAAGUUAUUGUUAGUUCCUGCUCAUUUAGUCACUCACUCAACUCAUUUCUUUUUAUGAAUCUAUAGAAAGGUUCUUAGAGCUACCACUUUUCUGACUGAUGUUUUUAUAAAUACUCUGUCAAACUGGAUACUAGAAACCCCACUAAAACAUCUCCAUUAGCUACCAGAACUGUUAUAUUUCUGCAGUCCUGAAAGCAUGUGACUGAUGAAAAGAACAAGUCGAUGAAGAGCCCAGCAGUGUGGCGGCACCAUUCAGCAUUUGUGUAUAUUUAUGAAGAUGGACGUACUUUUUGAACACCUUCACUUGAGACCCAUCUCAGCUGUUUGGAAAGACACUGUGAGCGUGCAAGACUGUCCUGAAGUUCCACCUUUAAAUGCUUAGUGUUGAAAGAACAUAUUUUACUGUUGUCAAGUCUUUGUUUUUCAUGUUUUUAAAGGCUCUGCCAAAAAGUAAAGAAGGAGAGAAAAAAAAAGAAACUUAAAGCUGUUUUUUACAGCUAAAUGGUGCUCAUAAGAGAGAGUGCACUUUCGGGCUCACGACUCUAUUUUCUGUUAGUUGGCUUUUGUUUUUGCUGGGCUGGGUUCCCAGUAAUCCCACAUGUGUAUCUGGCCUGAUCUUCAUUUUACUCAUUGACUGACAAAAAAAAAAAAAAUUGCAUUGACAGUUUUAAAAUCCUUAUUUUUUGGUUCUAAUAGCACCUGGCCUGGUAAAUAAGCUAAUUUGUGAAUUGUAUUGAGGAAAAUCGACAAGUGUGUGUGUGUAUGUUGUAUCGUAGUGUUUCGAAGGUGCAGGGCGUAGUGGUGCCCUGGACUCUGGCAGUCUCCAACAGCACCACGUUUGCCUUGAAAUGAAAAACUCUCAAAUACGACAUACAAUCACUUGUUUGUUCCUUCUUAAUAACCUUUUUUUUUUUUGGUUUCCACCCUCUGUCAUUGUAAUUUUGGGAUAUUCAUCAAAGCGGGAAAAAACACUGAAAACAGGAGGUAAAUGCCUUGCAGACUGUCAGAGUGUGUCUCAUGUGGGCAACUGGAUAGUCCACACAUGCUCUAUGCAUUUCCUAACGUAGAUCACCUGUCAUUUUGUGCAUUUUCAUUUGACUGUACCAUGCUACUUACAUAAUUUUGCUUACGUUUUAACAUAAAAUGUGCUUUUUUUAGCCUGGAAGUCUAGGUUGACAGACCGAUUGAGUUGUAGCAGAGUGAGAGGGGUUGCAGCUUGCCUUAUUAAUAGUCCCACAGCUGCAGGGAGACCAGCCUUAACAAAGCCCGGGGGUCUUAGAGAAAUACCUGAAUACUUUUAACCAGGUCAGUUGGCGGCCACUGGUUUUUCCUUCAUCUUUCCAAUCAGGCUUGGAAAAAUCCAGUGUGUGUUAUAGCAUUUAUAUCCCUAGUUAUUAUAAUCUAUCUGUUUGCAAUUUUUGAUUAUAUUUGCCUCAAAAGUAAACAGGUCGUUGGUAUGCAAAUGAUAUUCAAGGGAUCUUGAGAAUUGUUUGGCUAAAGGGUUCAAAGUAUGUCUAAAUACUGAUUUCUGGUUUGAAAGACAAGAUUAUGUGGAAAAACAUCCACGGUAAGACAUUCCAUAAAUUUUCAAUAAAGUUUUGCGAUUCAAACUGGUAACUUUUAGGUCUUUUGACACAUCACAGCAGUUGGUAGCGUACUCAUCCUCCCUGCUUCAGUGCACAGACGGAGCUUUGAGGUGCUGGACAGAUCGUUUGUUUAACGGAACACUCCUCAUGUUGUAUGUCAUGGAAUUACCCUUUAAGCCUGUUGAUGUCAGCUGCACUGAAAUGAGUCAAAUUGAAUCACGGGACGCGUGUCUUCAUAGGAGAGGGGAUUCCUGGAUGUGGAAAAUGUACUCUGCUUUUCGCAGAGCGUUCUUUUGUUCUUCUCAGUAUCUGUUGGAAAGGUUUCUGCUAAAUCCCAGAACUGGGUUAUUUCCAUUUGUUUUGUUUGAGAGUUAUUUUUUACACUCUGUGUUCUAUGUUACAAAACUUUAUGUGGACAUAUCAGAUUAUUAGAUUAGCGGGGAGGGCCUUGGGAGAACUAAAUGUGGGGGAAGAUUACAAAGCACUUACUGUAAUUUGCUUCUUUCUUGUGUGCAAAGAAGCAUCUCUUCAGCUGAAGCUCCUGAGGUUAUGAGUAAAAACCGCACAGCUGUGUAUCCCCAUCCCGAUCCGUUCGUGUCAGUCCGACAUCUUGUCCCGUUUACUCCCGUUUUCUGUUCUAUUGCAUAUUUUACCCUGUCUUCGUGUAUUGUCAAUAUCUUUCACACAUUUUGUGUUUCAGUUUUUACCCUCUUGUUUUUUCUUCUGUCAUUUUUUUAAAAGACCUGUCGGUGCAUACGGUCAUCAAGAAGCUAUUGUUUUUCCUUUUCAAGAAAAGUUUUGGGGAUAAAGAGGCUUGUGCCUUUGUAAAGACAGAAUAAUAAAGUUUGUACUUUGUUUUUUAAACA